AUGGAGGCCGUGCUGGAGCAGGUGGGGCAGCUGCCCGCGCUCCUGGCCGUCUCCCGCUCCUCGCUGGUGCGGGACUGGGACUCCCUGACCCUGGACAGGGCUCUAGAGUGGGCCCGGUAUUUCCAGCACCUCCACGACCGCUUCCGCACCCGGCCUCGGCUCCGGGAGGCCCUGGGGCGGCGGCCGCGGGGGGGGGGGGGGGGGCGGCGCCCGCCGCCCUUUUGGCUCGGGGGGGCCCUGGGGCGCCGGCUGGGGCGGGGUCAGCCGAGCCCUCUGCUCGGCUUCCCCCACCUGGGACGCUGCCCGCAGCUGCUGGGCCUGGCCUGCUGGCGCUGCCCCGCGGCCCGCCGCGGGCCCCGGGGGGGAUGGGGGCGCAGCCGCAAACGGGGGGCGGCUCGGGGGCUGCUGCUGAGCCGGCUGCGGGAGGAGGGGCAGGAGGCCGAGCCGUCUGGGGAGGCCGCGGGGCGGCUGCGCUGGCUCUCCGGUGUCCUGGAGCAGCUCCCUCAGCCCCGGGCCUUCGAGCUGGUGGCAGCGGCGUUGCUGCUGCUGGGGCAGGGGAGUGGCGCUGAGCAGGCCGGAGGCGGGGAUCGGGAUGGGAACAGCCUAGACGGAAACCAGGCGAGUGGAACAGGAGACGGAUACGUUGUUGGGCCCCUGCUUUCCUGGCUGCUGGGGAACCUGGAGAGAUUUUCUGCCUUCUGCCUUUUCCUCCCAGGCUCCCUUCUUGCCUCCCUAGCUGGUCACUAUUCCCAGUUAAGCAAACCUUAUUUGGACCUCUUAACCGGCUGGGGAAGCCACUUGCUAUAUGACCCUUUGCGGGGACAGUGGGUUAAAAGUUGUCUUGAGGAAGCUGAAUUGUCCUGGGAGGAGCUGAGGGAGCGCUUCUGCUGCCUCUGUCAGGGAUCUGCACUACUCAGGGGACAGACUCAAGCUACUCUGAAUCUCCUGAAGGCACGGGAUGGAGACUUUAAAGUCAGUGGCCUAAGUGUGUGGACUGACUUGCAGGUGGAAGUAGAGGGAUAUCUGAGGAAAGAAGCAGAGCACUAA